UGGAGCGACCCAUUUAGAGAGCUCGGACUGCAGCUGCUCCGAUUGUUUCGUAUAAAUAGGCCAGUCGAGAGUGCAGUUCUAUGUCAAAUCGUUGCAAGCCAUCGACACAACAAAAUGUUCAAGCUGUGUGUUUUCGUCGCUCUCCUUAGCCUGGCUGCUGCCGCCCCAGCUCCUGCUCCUGCUCCUGUGCCAGCACCAGCACCCGGACCAUCGCCAUCUGGUCUGUUAGCUCCUGCAAUCUGGGGACCCGGAAUCUGGGGACCCACCAUCGUCGGCGGACCCCAUGUGGUGAGCGUUGUGCCCCAGGCCAUCUCCCAUGCGGCCAUCACCCAGGUGCAUCCUUCGCCGCUGCUCCUCAAGAGCGUCCAUGGCAUCCAUGGCCCCGUCUUGAUUGGUUAAACGGAAAACACACAGGUGGCCCACACAUCACCCACACUCCACCAUAGGCUCCUUCCACUCCUCCAAUAGUUCACCCAUUUACGAGUAUCCUGUGCCCUGUUUAUAAAGAAAGCGAAACCAGCAAAAGCAAAGUUUAGAAAAAAUACAAACAAAAAAAUGUCUAGAAACUAAAAUACAUUUCAAGCAAUAAAAUACCUACAAAUACUUGUUAUAUAGCGAGCGAAAA